AUGCCGUGUUAUGCGGAUACAAUUGUUAGAAUUAAGUAUGUUUGUAAGACUGAAAAAGUUGAUGCUAGUUUGAUGGUUGUUUGGGCUAUUGGUCUUUAUCCCAUAAAUCGCGAGCAAAAUAAGAUUGAAUUAGUCUUAUUUGUACCUGUUAAUUUUGAUGAAAGGGAUUCAGAAACCCAGGCUGUUUUCGAGAAAGACAGUUUUUAUUCAGUUGGCGGAAAAAUUGUGCCUAAUUUUUAUAGAAGUAAUGACAGUUCUAUUUUAACUGGCAUAUCUAUUUUUAACAAAGUUGCUAAGUUAAAUAAGUGCCCAUUAAAAGUUUCUUUAGUUGGAUCUUCUCAAGAGUCACCACGGUUAUUGGCAAAUGAUGAUGCUAUUUUCGAUAUGUUAAUAAAUGAUUAUGCUAGUCAGGAGUAUAAUUUUAUUAUUAAAUUAAAGAUUAUCGAUAAUACUUUUUAUGUUUAUGUAAAAGAUAUCAAUUUUAUUAAUACUCAAUUAUCAUUUAAGCAAAAAAUGUUUGAUAAUAGUAAUUCAUCUAAAGCUAUUAAUAUCAUUCAAUCAAAACUUCUUUCUACUCAUCAAAAUGUUAUUGAAGAUUUGAAAGGAUCUUCUGAAGCUAAGGCAAUAUCCUUUACUUUAACAAAUAAAUCAGAUAAAGAAUCUGAGUUCAAUUUAUAUUCUUCGAGGAGUAUCUUUUCAUCAAAUCGCAAAAAGUCUAAAUACUCUGGUAAAUCUGCAGAUGUUUUAGAUAGCAUAAUUGAUGAUGAUUUCGAUCAAGAUGAAACCGUUGAUAUGAAUAUACUUGAUCAAGAUGAUAAAAGUGAAGAAAUUCAAAAAAAAAAGAUGUCAAAAGAGCACUAUGAAGUCAUUGAUACGAAUGAAAUUAAUCAAAAUAAUGAAAGUGAAGAAAUUUAA